UUCUUCACUUUCACCAAAUUCUCAUUAAAAUUCUUCAAAUUACGACUGUUCCAAAAUUCCCCAAACCUUCAAAAGAGCCAACACAGCAACAAAGAAGCUCAGAUUCCCUUUCAAUUCUCUCUCUCUCUUCUCUAUCUUUGUCUGCUGCUGUUUUUUUUGCUGCUUCUGACGCCUAUAUAAACGCCCAUACCUCCAUUGCACUGAUUCUCCUUCUAUCUCUUCCCAAUUCCAAUUCCAAUUCCAUUUUCAAUCCCCACCUUGUUUGCUUUUAUAGUAUUUCAUUAUUGUUGCUGUUUCUCUCUCUCUCUCUCUCUCUCUCUCUCUCUCUCUCUCUCUCUCUCCUUCUCACCUCUCGCAGGAAAUUAGAGAAAUUGAGGAAAGGAUAAGAAGCAAAUGUAUGCAGAAGCUGGAAUAUCGUAUCCUUACUUCCAGAGUUUUCCUCAAGAAGCUGUGCCAUUCGAUGACUUCUCCUGCUCGCAGAAGCUCAAUUCUUCAUCGGGCAACGUCGCCGUCGCCGCACUCGAUAAUAAUCUCUGGGGCGGCGAUCUCUUCCAGGCUCCGAUCGACGACCCGAUAAUCAACAUUGACCCGAUGACGGCAGCGAUCUCGAUGAUUUCGUGCGGGGACGACAUCAUAUCGACGCAAUCGCUGGCAGUUUCGGACAUUGAAUCGUCGAUUGAGAGCGGACAGAUCCUCAGCGAGGUGUUCUACGAAUGCAGGAAGGAUCUUUUAGCGAAGGAAUGUAAUAACGGCACGCCGCUGUCGGAAAUCCCAGCCAGCGAUUCGGGCAGUUGCUGUCUGAAUUCGACAAUUACGACGACGACGAUGACGGACAGCGCCCAGGAAGCUCAGCUGAAGCCCGAUUUCCUCGAUUUCCCGAUCCUCGACUUUAGUACGGUUUACGGGAUGCGGAGAGCCUUCAGCGAAGGCGACAUUCAGACUCUCGGACAUUGUAGUAACGUAAGCUUCGUACAGUCGCAAAUCGAGCAGCAGCAGCAGCCGGCGCCGAGGUUUAUUACAAGCAGCAGCAGCUUCCCGUCCGAGGAUCGGAGGGAAAAGCUGUCCAGAUACCGCAGCAAGAAGUCGAAGCGGAACUUCGACCGCAAAAUUAAGUAUGCGUGCCGGAAGGCGUUGGCGGACAGCCAGCCGAGGAUUCGGGGAAGGUUUGCGAAGACAGAAGAGACGAUGGCAGCGACGACGACGGCGGAGAGCUGGAAAAAGCAAUGACUCAUUAGAAUGUUCGUUUGUUUGUUUGUUUGUUUGUUCUUAGGAAGUAAGGAAUGAUUAGUUAUUAAGGAAGCAAUAAUAUUGUAAUAGUAAUAAUUAUUAUGAUAUAUUAAUUAUAAUUAUAGUUUAUGGCUAUGUAGUAAUUAAUGAAUGAGUAAAUAAGGAUGGCUUGUACUAGUAUUGCAAUAAGAAUAAAUAAUGUUGAUUAUUGUGUCUCUAUUUAUGUUUGUGUAUGUAUAUGUAAAAUGUACCUUGAAGAUC